AUGGGGCAUCCCUGUGAUAGACCUAUUUGCGUCCGAAAGAGCCCACGUGGUGGCGAAUUACGCAACGCUAGAUCUCCGCGAUCGCGAGGCGAUGCUACACGAUGCCUUCAGCGUGACCUGGAAUUAUCCAGUGGCUUGGAUAUUUCCCCCACCGUUUCUAAUACCCCGUGUGCUAACACAUCUGAACAGAGCCACGGGAAUUUAUUUAAUAGUGACACCUCGCUGGGAGAAGGUCUAUUGGAGAGCGGACCUCAAAUCUCGAGCCCUCGCUCCUCCAUUCACGUUAACGAACUUGAAGCGGUUCCUGAUAGACGUGACGACGGGCCUGCCUCCCCCACAGGUCCAGCAGAUGACACUAGAGAUUUGGAAAUGUGGGGGUGGUCCAAUAAGUUGACCAAGUGGAGCCCCGAUCAAAUCUCUUUAUUAAAAUCUUCAUGGCGCUCAUCCACUUUGCGUACAUAUAAAGUAGCGUGGAAUCGUUGGUUGCUUUGGGCACGUAAAAAUAAUGUUAGCCAGUCACAUCCACAUGGCUCUGAUUUGGCUCAAUUUUUAGCUGAUUUGCAUUUAAAAUUCAAAUUGUCGUACAACACUAUUCUCUUGCACAAAUCUGUGGUUUGUACCCUAGCCAAUACAGAUAACUCCGAACAUCUCCGUGACAAUACUCUAGUGAAACAUGUUUUAAAGUCAAUAAUAUUGAAGAAUCCUAAACCCUCGAAGCCUCCUGUUUGGGACGUUAAUGUUUUCGCAUCUUUUCUUACUGGUUACGGCAUAAAUGAAAAUGUUUUCCAUACUGUGCGGCACACCGCAGCCUUAUUAGUGUUAUGUUCGGGGCGCAGAAUACAUGACCUAACGUUGCUAAACGUAGAUAAUAAUCACUGCAUUAUCAAUGACGAUUAUAUCAUUUUAUGGCCAUUAUUUGGGUCAAAAACAGAUUGCAGUACUUAUAGACAGUCGGGGUGGAAAUUAUUACGCAAUAACCAGAAUAAGAAUCUCGAUCCCACAUUCUGGAUAAAACGUACUAUUUCCUUAUUAAAUGAAAGGCGUGUUCAGUGCGGUUGCUCAAAUUUGUUUAUUACUUUACGAGGCUCGCCGGCGGCAGCUUCGAGGACAGUAAUAGCGGGAUGGAUAAAGUCUCUCAUGAAGGAGGCCGGGAUCUCUGCUACACCUGGUAGUGUGAGAUCAGCUGUUGCUUCCCGAAACUGGGUCGACAAUUUUCCUCUUGACGACAUUUUAGCCAGAGGAAACUGGAAAUCAGUUAAUACUUUCAAAAAAUUUUAUCGGCGUGAAGUUAUGUCAUCGAAUAAUAAUUCUUCGAUUACUGCAUUUUUUCAAUCUGUAUGAGGUAGUAAUUUUAUAAGAGGAAGUAAUUUUAUGUUAAGAUUGUUUGAAAAGAAACUUAUUUUUUGUUAUUUUA